GUUUGAUAGCAUUAAGCCUCACCAAGUGUUGGAUGCCAAAAACAUUCAGAUCCAACAGAUGGAAUCUCUCAUGUCCUCCAUUUCAGACUCUACAAAUUUGUUUGAAGUCAACAUUCCUGAUUACAAACAUUUAAAACAAUGCAGGAAGGAGGUCUGCUUGUUGAAGGAGCUUUGGGAUAUGAUUGACCUAGUGAAUUCUAGCAUUAAUAACUGGAAGGUAACCAAAUGGAGGAAUAUUAAUGUGGACAAUAUGGACUUAGAAUGCAAAAGUUUUGCUAAACAAAUAUGGAAACUUGGCAAGGAGGUGAGAGCCUGGGAUGCUUUCAUGGGGUUGGACAACACUGUGAAAAACAUUCUAACAUCCUUACGGGCUGUGUCUGAACUUCAAAAUCCAGCCAUCAGAGAGAGGCACUGGAACCAGCUGAUGCAGGCCACAGGUGUGAAGUUCAUCAUGAAUGAUGAUACCACCCUUGAAGACUUACUUAAACUUGAGCUACACAACUUUGAGGAGGAGAUCCAGGGUAUUGUAGACAAAGCUGUGAAAGAGAUGGACAUGGAAAAAGUUCUAAAGGAACUAAAAGCCACUUGGACAGGUAUGGAAUUUCAUUAUGAGCCCCACCCUCGGACAAUGGUCCCACUGCUGAGGUCUGAUGAAGACCUUAUUGAAACUCUUGAAGAUAACCAAGUCCAGCUGCAGAAUCUAAUGACAUCCAAGUACAUAGCCUUCUUCCUGGAAGAAGUAUCUGACUGGCAGAAGAAGCUCUCAAUAGCUGAUGCUGUCAUUUCAAUCUGGUUUGAAGUACAGCGUACAUGGUCUCAUCUUGAAAGCAUUUUCAUUGGGUCUGAAGAUAUACGAGCACAGCUUCCUAAG